AUGGAUUCAUUUGUUUUCAUCUCCUUACUUUCUGUUGUAAAUCAAGUCUAUUUAUUCAUAUCUCAAUUUAUUCCUCCAGGUGGUGUUUUAGCAAGACCAAUUUUGCACAUUGCUCUCUCAUUAGUGUCAAUAUUGUUUUUACUUUAUGAAUUUCCGUUCACUUUUCCAAAAAUGAACUCUCUGUACUCUGGAAUUUUGUUUGCAAAGUGUGGAGGGUCAAUUGGAGCGAUUUUGGCAAUAACUAUCAAUACUUCUAACACCCUGGAGUUAGGACUACCUUUCCUGUUGGGAGCUGGAUUAGGAUCUUCAUUAGCACUGUUCAUCAUGGGAUUUUGUGUUGCUGAGUUGAUAUAUUUUGUCAUGAAGAAACGGGCCAAACAUGCUCGUGCACAACUGGAUGAAAACAUUGGUAAACACGUUUUCAACGACAACUUGCUAAGACUCUGCUUCAAGUCCAAUUUAUUUUCAGAUGACAUUGACGAAGAUUUAUUGAAAUAUGCUAUGAGUCGCAAAUCUCUGUUGUCUACGGAUGCGCUUAUCGCCAGUGCAAUUUAUACCCACAAAUUUCAAGAAAACCCUCAACUCACCUUGACAACGUUAAAGUACGCAAUAAGGCAAUCCAACUUUAUCCAAAAACUAGUUAUAAGAGCGAUGAUACAGGACAUUGAACUCUAUUAUGGAAUACAAACCACAUCAGAGAUACGAAUUUUGUUAGAGAAGACACAAAAGCUUCAAGAAAGACUUCUCCAAGUUCGGAAAAUGUUUUGGCAGUAUUUUGUGGCAAACGAGGACGACUAUGACAAGAUUAGCGACCUGACGUAUUCUAUGUUCUCUAUUGAAAAAUCAAUUAUCAUGAUUUUUUCUCAUCUCUUAGCCAAUUAUCCAGAAAAUCAAAAUAUUAUGAAAAGACGUAACGUGUUUAUGCAAGAGUUUUUGUUUGAGGCCGUUCCUUCUAUUGAACAAAAUGAUGGGCGGUCAAGUACUGACUUGUAUGACGAAGAAAAGCAGAAACCAAGAAAAAUACCCGAUUUAAGAUUGCAAAAACAACGUUCAACCUCAUUUUUAUACACUGAAAAUGUAUACAGAGAGGCCAUCAACACCAAAAUUGACACAAAAAGGAGAAGUUGCUACUUUUUGGCCGCAGAACUAAUUUCAAUACUUUCAAUUUUAGUAGUUUUGUUACUGAGUAUUUUUGUGACUUUGGAUGGAAACAACAUUCAAUUUUUAAAGCAAACAUGCGAUUUGAUACCUGCUCCUUUUUCUUUAUUGAAAGAGGUUUACUUACUUCAAUACCCAACAAUUACCAAUGAUACAAUUGUUAGAUUUAAACAAGGCAUGCAAAUAAUCAGUGGAUUUACACAGAAAGGAAAAAUAUCUGACUAUCAAGUUCUUGGUGCGGACAAGAUGCAAUACUUUUCUGACAAUAUUUUUCCAAUGAAGAUUCCAGCAUCUGGACAAGUGGCUACGGAUUAUAGUGUUCAAAAUAUGUCUAUCACAUCAUUAGUAUCAAAUUUAGCGAUAAUAUCUGAAAAAUUAUUUGAGCUAACUCCAGACUCCAUGGUGAAUAUUCGAUCGACAUAUGAAUACAAAUUCGUGACGUUCAAUAGCGAGGUAAUGACCAGCGCACUACAAGAUUUUUGUAGCUCUAUUGCUUCAAUAUUGUUGCUCGAAAACAAUUCCAAUAGCAUUUUGAUUACAAUAUCAGUGAUUAUUGGAAGCUACUCGAUUUUAAUUAUCAUUUAUCUUAUUGUUACUAAUUUCAUAAUCAACACCAAAAAGAAAAUUAUUAGCAUUUUUUCGAAAGUUCCAAAAGAUGUCGUUGGAAAUCAAUAUCAUAUACUGGAAAAGCAAACGAAUCAAAAGUCUAUUUCUCACACCAGAAGUUUUUUCAACUUUUCACGAAGGAUGGUGGCAAUAAUUUGUGUUGUUUACGGUUUAACAGUUAUUUCCAUGGCAGUAUCGUUUUAUGAGUCGUAUAAGGCUGCGUACGACAAUAAUGUGGCAGUAGAAAAGACGAAAUAUGUCUCUCAGGUAUUGGCCUCUGAGAGCCAUCAGCAAGCUAAUAUAUUGGCUUGGAGUUUUGAUGGAUUUUCUCAUACACCUCAAAACACUAAUUUGAGAAAACAGAUUCUUUUGGAACAACAAAGCUUGGAGAACUCUUGGACAAUACUGAGAUUUGGAAGUAAGACAUUUCCAACCAACAUGAAAAGUCUUUCCUCCGCAGUGACACCAGUUCUUGAAGGAAUUUGCAUCAAUACAACUUCUAAUUGUGCACCUGGCCUAGAUCCUCUUAUGGAGAGCUACGCCAUCUCUAUAGAUGCUCUAUUUUACGGAAACAGCAGCGUUCCCCUGUUAAAAACUCUCACGUAUCAAAUAAUUGAACUAUCUACCUACAUUUUCAAAUCUAUGAACCAGGUUAGUGAUGCAAUUUUGCAAUCAACAAGUGGGCUUAGAGUUCCAAUCUCCGUCGGUGUGUCUUGUACUGGGAUUGUGUUAAUUGUUGUUCUUGGUGUGUUUCAUUUCUCACAACUUGAGCAACAAGCGGAAGAGAAUUAUCAUUUAAGAAGAUUAUUGAACAGUUUACCAACUGAUACAAUUUCUCAAAUUGAAGAGAUUAAGAAAUUUGUUCUUUACAACAGCUUGGCAGAGCGAAAAAAAGAUUCUCACAAAACGUCAAAAGUUCAAAUCAUUUUGGAUGGAAGCAAUGAUGGUGCUAUUGUGCUGAAACCAAGAUCGACCAUGAUUGAUAUAAUCAAUGCAACAGCAUUGAAAAUGCUAGGAUACAGCGCGGGAGAGUUAUCAGACCUCAUGUCAAUAUUUGGAGAAGGAGAGAGUAGAACCAAACUAUCAAUGAUUUUGGAUGUUUUCUUUUCUUCCAAACAAACAUUGACAGAGUAUAUUGAAAUGGAAGCCCUUAGAAAGAAUGGCUCAACCCUUUCUGUGGGAGUAUCGAUUAGCGUUUACACUCACGAAAAAAAGAAUUUAAUUACGGUUUUAUUAAGAGAUAUUACUUCGGAAAAGAAGCAUAAACUGUUGUUAGAAGAGGAACGAGCAAAAAGUGAUCAAUUGUUGCUUAAUAUUUUGCCAGAGCGUAUUGCAGCACGUCUUAAGGCAGGAGAAUCUUGUAUUUCUGAAAAAUUUGAUGAUAUAAGUUGUUUGUUUUCCGAUAUGGUGGGAUUUACGAAAAUGUCGAGCAGUUUAUCAGCACAUGAACUCGUUCAGUUGCUUAACAACAUCAUCAAUGGAUUUGACCAUUUAAUACCAAUGUUUGGUCUGGAAAAAAUCAAAACCAUUGGGGAUGCCUAUUUUUGUAUUGGCGGUAUUUCUGGACAGAGCAACCACCCCGAACAAAUACUGCUAUUUGCUGUUCACAUGCUAGAUGUUAUUUCAAAAUAUAACAAACAACAUAACAAGAGCGUUAAUAUUAGAAUUGGCAUUCAUGUUGGCCCAGUCAUUGCUGGAUGCAUCGGAAACUUAAAAUUCGCCUACGACUUGUGGGGAGAAACGCUCAGCAUUGCACAAUUAAUGGAGUCUAAGGGAGUUCCAGGAAGAAUUCAGGUGUCACGUAAAUUAUACGAGAGAGUUUAUGACAUUUUUGAAUUUGACGAAAUUAAGGGCGUUGAGGUUAAACCUUCCGUAUUAAUGAAUACCUAUUUACUGAAAGAAAAGCAUCAUGACAUUGCGAGCUUCAAUGUGGCAUCUGAUCAAUCCUUUGAUAAGAUGUUUUCUAAAGUUAAUCUACAUGAUACUGCUACCUACAACUUCAAAAAGCUGCUCAUGGAUCCUACAUUCAUCUCUCUGUUCAAGGAAUACCUCUCUGGAUCUGCGAUUCUUGAUAUGUUAGUUUUUUAUCAACAUGCUGUUGAAUAUGCCAGCAAUGCCUCAACUCCAGUUAGAUUUGGAAUUGCAAAACAGCUGGUAAAAGAGUACCUCGGAGAGACUGCACCAAAGCGGUUAAAGCUCAAAUUUAUGAAGAAUGCAUUUGGCCCAUUCCAAAUCAAAUUCCAAGAUUGUACAGAAGACAACUGCCCUACUGAUAUUUUUGAAAAUUUCACUAAUUUGUGUAUGAAACAUAUGAAAGAAGAAUUUGGCAACUUUUUGAAAUCGAAAAACUUUGCCAAGUUUUUGGAUCAAAAAAGGAAAAACCCAGAGACACUCAAAGCCUGCCUGAGGGGAGAAAAUGAUUCAAGCACAACAGAAGAAGAAGACGAAAAAGAAUUCCUUUUGUUUUGCCAAAAGUGCGGCACAGAGAUCAUAAACAAAGAGAACCAUCGAUUUAACGAUUGGGAAUUUAAUCAUAGAAGUGAAAUAUUAUAUGACAUGAACCAAUGGCGGAAAAUAUUCGAAAUUAGUGGCGGAGCCACCUACUUCUCGCCUCCUGAGACUCACAACCAUCUUAGCAAUAGUCGAAGACACGUUCAAGUGAAAUAUGUCUACGAAAUGAAUUGUACUCAUGAAGAGUUGUUUCAUGCUUGGAUUGAUGAAAAUUCUUUCUCAACAAGAUUUGAUGGAAUUAUUUCAUCUGUUAAGAUUGACUUUGUAAAGGUUGGAAAAUAUGCUCAUGCUGUUUUUCAUGAGUUGUACAAGAUGAAAUACUUACAUCAGACAAAGAGAGAACUAGUUCAUGCUUAUAGUUGUCGAUAUGACCCUACCAAAGACGUUUAUAUGUGUGUGACAAGAUCCAUCAACAAUGCAAAAGUACCAGAGACAGACAAGUAUGUGAGAGCAGAAAUCAAAACAGCUUUCUUGGUUGAGAAAGUAUCAGAUUCCCAAUGCAGAUACUUUUAUUCAGUCAUAUUUGACCCAAUGGGAUGGCUUAAACCAGAAUAUUAUCAUGAAUCCAUCUACAAGGAAACACCACAAAACAAUUUCCACAUGAGACUGUUAAAGUUGGUGGACAAGAGAUCGAAAGAAGGCAAAACAACAGCCAAAGGUCCUUUGUUUGAUUCACUCAGCUAUAAUAUUAACCAGACCCAACAAGAGAAGAAAAAGCACACAAUUGUUAUUCCUUCCAAGAAAGAGGAGAACAUGGAUGCCGCGCAAUAA